AAAUCGAACGAAAACUUUGGAGGGGAAAGCUCCCGCCAAGAUAAAUACCGCCCCCCCCGAAUUCCCCCUCCUCCCAAACCCGAAAUCACAAAUCCCCCCAGCCGCAAAAACCCAAGACUCGUCGUGAGAUCCGGAGGGAGGUCGAGGGACUGGGAUGGCCGACGUCGGCAGCCUCGAGAAGAUGGGUCGGGAGCUCAAGUGUCCCAUCUGCUUGAGCCUGCUGAGUUCGGCAGUAUCCAUCACCUGCAACCACAUCUUCUGCAAUGGUUGUCUGACGGAGUCGAUGAAAUCCGCCUCCAGCUGCCCAGUGUGCAAGGUCCCGUACCGCCGAAGAGAAAUACGGCCAGCACCUCACAUGGACAAUUUGGUGGCCGUUUUCAAAAGCAUGGAGGCCGCAGCAGGUACUAGUGUUAUGUCAACACAGGUGGCUCCUGCACCCAAAGUUGCAGAUGGAUCAGAAUGUGGUAACAGUGGCUGCAAGACUAAACGGUUGCAGAAGAAGGUAGCAUCCAAGAAGGAAAAGAAUACAACCAAGGCUACUGCAGCUUCUGCAUCUUGUCCCACUACAAAGCCAUCUUUCCCUACGAGCAAAAGAAUACACGUGACACCAUUCCCUGAAUCUGAGACACCAAUGAAGCCUAAAAAGAUUAUGAAGCCCGAAGAGCCAAAAAAUAAGCUGAAUGGUGAUGUUGGAGAGGAUAAAGAUAAAACAUUGACUUCUGAUAAACCAGGAAGCCCUUCAUUGUCACCUUUUUUUUGGCUAAGGGAAGGAGGAGAAGAAGGUGGCACUGCUGAAACUUUAAGUGAACCACUAUCAUUAGACACACCCUUGCGUCACAAUGCACCUGCUUUUAGUGAUAUCAAAGAUUCUGAUAAUGAAAUCCCCAAUAAUACGACUCCUAAUAGCAAAGCUAAGGUUACAGAAGUCUUCGAUAGUGAAAUCUUUGAAUGGAGUCAAAGACCUUGCUCCCCUGAGCUGUGUUCUACUCCAUUGAAAAAGCAGGGCAAAUUUAAGAAUAUACUAGAUCAAAUCACAGAGAAGGAUGAUGGUGGCGAUAUGCAUCAUGGUGGUUCAUUUGAUAAGUUAGAUCAUGCAAAUAAUGCAGCUCAGCCUCAGCCUGUCAAUGCUGAAGAUAUUAAGCAGAAGAGAAAGAAGGCAAGAGCUAGGAACAUAAACAAUUCAAAACUGCCCAAUCAUGGUAAGCUAUGUACAAAAGGUUCUGAUGUUGAUCAACAAGGUACAAAUAUCCCUAUAAGUAUCGCUGCAAAGCCACACCAGAAGAACAGCAGUACAAAAGAGAGAAACCCAUGGAGUGGAAGAAACAAGGUCUCUAGGAACAGCAAAAGAAUUCUUUGUGCUAUUGAUAAAUCUAUAGAGGCAUUUGGCCCUCAAGAAAAUGGUUUGGAGGUUGAAGCACCUGAGAACCAGCUUUCAGAAAGGUCCCUAAAAAAGGAUAAAAACACUCGACAAAAGAAAAGUGGACGAAAACUUGAAAUAGCAGGGGAGAGUACAGUGAAGGCUGCAGAGAAUAAACCAGAACAAAGAAGUAAGCGAAUCAAAAGAAUGUCUGAUGAUGCUGUAGCUGAAAAGAUAAGAGUUCUUUCAGAGACUGAAAAUGAAACAGAAAUGCUGCAGCUUCACAACCUUAUAAAAGGCUGCACCCAACAUAAACCCUUGGAUGGUAGAAGCAAACAGACCAUGGAAUCAAACAUUAGUCGAAAUACACAGAACAUUUUACUUGGGAGAUGCCAAAGUAAAACGGCAAUACACACAGUUCCUUCAAUAGAGAAUGUCUCAUUUAAAAACGGUGGUGCAAAAGGUAUUGAACAAUCAGAUUACUCAGGAUCGAUCAGAUUGUGCACUGCACAUAAUGCAGUCCUGAAGAAAUGUGAGGACAAAGUUUCCAAGGUUUCCUGUGCUUUCUGCCAGUCUGAUGAUAUCACAGAGGAAUCUGGAGAGAUGGUUCACUACCAUAACGGAAAACAAGUGCCUGCAGAAUUUAAUGGAGGGGCUAAUGUUAUACAUUCGCACAAGAACUGCCUGGAGUGGGCUCCUGAUGUCUACUUUGAAGAUGAGACUGUCUUUAAUCUUACAACUGAGUUGGCUCGAAGUAGAAGGAUCAAAUGUGCUUGCUGUGGAAUUAAAGGUGCUGCACUUGGAUGCUUUGAGAUGAGUUGUCGAAAAAGCUUCCACUUCACCUGUGCUAAGUUGAUCCCACAAUGUAGAUGGGAUAAUGAAAACUUUGUGGUGCUAUGCCCUUUGCACCAAUCUUCAAAGUUGCCCAUAGAAACUUCUGAGUUGAAAAAGGAGUCUAAAAGGAAACUAACACCAAAAGGGUCAUUUCAAGUAAGACCUCGUCAAGAUUAUGGUAACAAAUGGACAUGGCCAUCUGGAUCACCACAGAAGUGGAUUCUUUGCUGUUCAGCCCUUUCUGCUGCUGAAAAGGGUACUGUAUCAGAAUUCGCAAAAAUAGCUGGUGUGUCUAUUUCAACAAGUUGGAGUCCCACUGUUACCCAUGUUAUUGCAUCAACUGACCAGUCUGGUGCUUGCAAGCGCACACUGAAGUUUCUGAUGGCAAUCUUGAAUGGCAAAUGGAUCGUCUCCAUAGACUGGGUUAAAACUUGCAUGGAAUGUAUGGAACCUGUUGACGAACAGAGAUUUGAAGUGACCGUUGAUGUACAUGGGACUAGUGAGGGUCCCAUGUUGGGAAGACAAAGAGUAAUCCACAAGGAACCUAAAUUAUUUGACGGCAUUCAGUUCUACCUCCAUGGAGAUUACACAAAGUCCUACAGGGGCUACCUGCAAGACCUAGUGGUUGCAGCCGGUGGAACUGUUCUGCAAAGGAAGCCUGUGUCAAGAGACCAACAAAAGUUGCUGGAUGACAGCUCCCUCAUCCUCAUCCUCUACAGCGUCGAGAAUCAAGACAUGGCAAAAUCAAAAUCCAAGGACGGCAUCAACACUGGUCGUAGCCAAGCCGAUGCUCAGGCUCUGGCCUGUGCCUCUGGUGGCAAAGUGGUGAGCAGCGCAUGGAUCAUCGACUCAAUUGCAGCUUGCAGCCUGCAACCUCUCUGAGUUAGAAGGCCGAGACCAAGGCUUCCAUGUUGAUUGAAAUACGUGCUUGUAUGCAUCGUGAAUUCAGCAAUAAAUAAAAUCUAGGAUGGCACAUGAGUGUGUAAUUUUAUCCGUGUAAGUAUCAGAAUGCGAAAUUUUAUGUUCUUGUUGAAAGAGUUUAUCAUGUCAUAAUUAAUGUGGUCAUGGUCGCUGUCAACGUUUUUAAAAAAAGCACUGCUCCAGUGCUUGAGUUGGGUGUGCAGCUGAACUUCUAUGCUGGAAUCCCUUUUACGGUUU